GUAAAUGAGGAUAAAUGCGGAUAGAUAUGAGUCAUGCUCCUGCAGGGGUGUGACCACGUUUCCUGUCAUUCACACAGGAACCGACAGGAACAACCCAGAGCCUGGCGUCCAUUUAACACACUGUAGGACGCUUCAAGACCUCCACCGAAAGUAUUGAAGUGAAGUCGUCUGAGUGGAAAUAAGAUUAAUGGGUAAAACCAUGUGGGUGACACCGAGCUCCAGUCUGAUCCUCCUCCUCCUCACAUGUCUGGUGAAGUUCGGAGAAAUUCGAGCACAAUGCGUGAGACCCGUUGUUGGGGAAAACAGGGUUCUUGCUGAUGAUUCAGGCCAAACGAGUUUCCCUGAAGGAUCAUCAGUAAAAUUCAAAUGCGGCACUGGUUAUCAGCCUGCAGAUCCAACAGCUUCCCGGACAAUCACGUGCAGUGGACAACAGUGGACCACACUAGAUCUUCAGUGCAAAAAAAAGUCCUGUGGAAGUCCAGGAGAGUUGUCCAAUGGAAGGUAUCUAACUCCAGAUGGAAUUCUGUUUGGUGCAACAGCCACUGCACAGUGUAACCCAGGAUUUGUGGUUUCUGGAACUAAAAUGAGAAAUUGUGUUGAUGCUGGUUGGGAUGGGAGACCUGCGGAAUGUGAAGUGAUAAAAUGUUUACCACCAGCCCAAAUAGACCACGGAACUUAUGAGCCUUUGGAAGAUCAUUAUGAUUAUCUUAGUGUAGUCACUUACACUUGUAAUCACCCUUAUAGUCUUGAUGGACCACAAACAAUAAGCUGUUCUGAUGAUGCAACAUUUCAACCUUCUCCUCCUCGGUGUGUGGAUAUCAAGUGUGAUGCACCUAAAAUAGAUAAUGCUAUUAGAAUCGAAGGCAAAGCACCACCCUACACUGGUGGAAAUUUUGUCAAUUACCAGUGUAAUAAGGGCUACAAAAUGAAGGGCACGGGUUAUUUGGUUUGUGGCAAAAAUGGAUGGAAUCCUCCUCCUCCAGUGUGCGUAUCAAGUCCAGGUCCAGGUCCAGGUCCAGAUCCAAGUCCAGGUCCAGGUCCAGGUCCAAGUCCAGGUCCAGGUCCAGAGAAAGGAAAUGGUCUUGCGAUUGGGCUUGGGGUUGCCGCUGGACUUGUGGUAUUGAUAACAGUUAUUGUGUGCUGCGUGAAGAAAAGCUCUGGCUGGGGAAAGGUGCCCACUAGAAACGAAGCUUAACGCCAUCACUGUCCUGAAUGGGCUCCCAGUAAAGCACUAUUUGACUGAUCCAAAUCCUUGGUGUUCACCUGCUUUCUAUUGGUCUUUGUUUCUCGAGGGAGCAGAUUGACAUGUAGGAAGGAACAGAGCUCCUGUUUUUGUCAUUUAUUCUUGGAGACUAGCAAAUGUGUGCUUUGGUCUUAAGACAGAGGUUCUCAACUAUUAUAACCUAGUGUGUGUGUGUGUGUGUGUGUGUGCGUGUGUGUGUAUACUAAAACCUAUACAUUGCACAUUUUUCCAGAAUUUGGUGAGGAUGGCAGGGACAGAGAUUAUGUGGUCACUACAAAUUUGCAGACUGUAACAAUAUAAUAUAUUAUAAUAAGGUAAUAAUUGAAGAUGACUUAAUAUUACUUGCACUGAUUCAUUAUAUAGGUUCUGCAAGCUUGCAUCUCAGUGCCCUCAUGGCUUCAUUUAGCUUUCCCCAAGAAUGGAAAGUGUAAAACUCUCACAGCUCUUUGUUUGUGGCCUAAUGGUUGGGAACCUUUGUUUCAAAAUGUCUUAUUAGUUGAAGUUAGAAUUAUUAAAAAAAAAAAAAAAAAAAAAAAAAAGGAGCAUGAUGCAUUUUGUGCUCUUAACUAACGUUUUUCUUCUCUACAAAUUUGAUCAAACAAAAUUACUAUACAAACUGAUUUGUGUUCAUAUAAAAUAGAAUCCAAAUUAAUGCAAAUUUUAAGUUCUGUCCUGAUCACUGCUUUGCAUAUAAUAUCCAUUUGCUGGAAUCAACAGCUAAUCAUGCAAACUGGCAAUCUAGGCUCUGUUCCUGUUUAUCCUGAGAGAAUCCUUACCUUUUGCCUUGUGUUCUAAGUAACAGAAGAAACAAGGAAACGACAGAUACAUUUUAUUAACCGGAAUAUCCUGAUCGGUCGCUUUCACCUUCACACAUGUUCACAAAAUCCACUUACACAUAAAAAAAUAUAUACCACUGUUAAUUUGGAGCACAUGCCGUAUAACUUGUGCCUGCUGCUUAGAAACUACGCACGAGAGUGGUUUUUUUUUUUUUUUUGUGCCAUGUUGAACCACAGCGUGGUUGAAUUCUGCUAAAUAAAAUAAUUUUAACGAAACAACUUGCUACUUAGCAAGCAAGCUCCCUGACUAUAAUUUAGUAGUCUUUAUUUAAUUUUUUAUAAUAUUUAUAAGAUUAAGGACAGCGUUGGAGAAUUGACUGUUACCAGAAAAUACAUGUAAAAAUAAGGUAAAGGUUUGUGAUGUUAAUAUAACAGGAACAGCUGUGUAUAUAUUUUCCUGCCUCGGCUGAAAGAAUUUUUCUUUUUCAUGCUGUACCCAAUUGAAAUUUUUAAGCUUACCAUUAAAUCCUAGCAUAUAGUUUCUAUAAGUAAUCUAAAUUGUGUUUUUUUUGGUGGGUUUUUUUCCCCCAGUGUGUGCAGUUAUUAUAGUUUGUGAUCCUACUGUUUGUUGAUUAACUUGUUUGAUUAGUUUGUUUGUAACUUUUUCAGAAUGAGUGUCUUUUUAGACAGAAUGCUUUAAUCCUUCUGGAAUGGAUUCCAUGCUAGUUUGAAAUACAGUCUCACUGUAAGGGGGAGGUGAAAAAACUCACUAUGAAAUUUGAUACCUUUUUUUUUUUUUUUUUUCUUUGUCAGUGACUGAAAAGCAUAGCUGUGCGAUGUGAAAUUAAAUAUACAGUAUUACCUGCUAUAUAGAAAAUGAUCCUGUUAUGUUAGUGAGAAAAAAGAAUCAGCUGAGAAUAAAAAAACACAAUAUGAAAAGUGAAUAAUUCCUGCAUUGCACUUGUUGUCUAAUCGCAGUGUGGUGGUUAUAAUCAAAAAGGCCCUCUAUUGCUUCUUUUUGGUUUCAAUGAUAAAAAAAAUUUUCUCCACCCGUGAGAUUGUAUUUCUCUGAGGAAUCUAAAGAAUGAGUCCAUUUUUACACUCUAUAAUACAUGCUGUGUCAAAGUUUUCAUGGUAUAGUUAGAAGUCUGCUUGGGCUAUGUGUAAGGCUGUUGUAAUACCCAAAAACGUUUGCUUAGUUCAAAUUAUUCUUUCCAAAAAGUUUAUACGGAUAUUGAGCCACAUCUGCAUUAUAACAUGUGUGAGCAUGUCAUCACUACACAAUAAAGUGGAUGUCCUUUGCUUUGUA